AUUGGUUAUAAAACAGCUGAUGUUCGAUACGGACAUUAAUUCCUAGUUAAACCCUCCCACAAUAAUGGCAAAAUCCAUUUUCGCGCUUGGAGUUAUCGCAGUUCUGUUGAUAACAGAAUCCAACUGUUGGAGAAGUGAUCUCCCUAUCAUACUCCCGACUUAUAAACCUCCUCGUACCCCGAGCACCGUUAUUAUCAGGACAGUACGCGAAGCCGGAGAUAAACCGUUAUGGCUCUACCAAGGAGACGAUCACCCGCGAGCCCCUUCAAGCGGCGAUCAUCCUGUACUGCCCUCGAUCAUAGACGAUGUGAAACUGGACCCCAACAGACGGUACGCGCGUAGUGUGAACGAGCCCUCGUCUCAGGAGCAUCACGAACGCUUUGUGAGGAGCUUCGACUCCCGCAGCAGCAGGCAUCACGGCGGCAGUCACUCCACGUCCAGCGGCAGCCGCGACACUGGAGCUACUCAUCCGGGAUACAAUCGUCGUAACUCAUAAUCUGUGGUUUAAUGUAUUAGAUAUUUGUGUUUGUAUUUUGAUGAAAACAUUAAAACAUUUUUGAAAUUGUCUACUCGAAUAAAUACAUUUACCUAUUUUAA